UGUAUGACGAUUGAAGGUUUAGUUAGGUGUUAUAUUUCAUAGAAAGUAUGACCGGCUUUCUAUAAUAUCAGUCAUUUUUAAUUGUGCUAUUUGACUUGCACUCAAAGACUUAAAACCUUAUCUGCAGUUGUAUACUUGCACUUGUUUUAUAAGUAUUAACCAUUAUACAAGAGUUAUGGGGCAAACCCUCUCUGAGCCCGUGACAGAGAAGCAGUCGUCAACAUGCCAGGACUCCAGAUAUCUUGUGGGGUCGUCAUGUAUGCAAGGUUGGCGUGUAUCGAUGGAUGACUCACACACACAAAUUUUAUCACUGCCUGAUGAUCCCGGUACAGCAUAUUUUGCUGUUUAUGAUGGGCAUGGAGGGUCGAACAUAGCUGAAUAUGCUGGUAAGCAUCUACACAAAUUCAUAAUGGCGAGACCGGAGUAUCACCUUGGAAAUAUCGAGGAAGCAUUAAAACAGGGUUUUCUUGAUCUUGAUCAGGCAAUGCUGGAAGAGAACAUGCAAGAGAAGGUAGCAGGUAGCACAGCGGUAGUGGUGCUUAUAAAAGACAACACACUAUAUUGCGCUAAUGUUGGCGAUUCCCGAGCUAUAGCCAGUGUAAGGGGUGCGGUUGAGGUCUUGUCAUAUGAUCAUAAACCAUACCAUAAAGAGGAACUACGCAGAAUCACAGCUGGCGGGGGCUGGGUACAGUUGAAUCGUGUGAAUGGAAAUCUAGCUCUUUCACGUGCAUUGGGUGAUUACAUCUUUAAGCGUAAUUAUCGCAUGUCAGCCAGAGACCAAAUAGUGACAGCAUAUCCAGAUGUCCAAGUGAGGCAACUCAAUGAUGACUGGGAAUUUAUUGUUAUUGCGUGCGAUGGUAUUUGGGAAGUGUUGUCCAAUGAGGAGGUGUUAUCAUUCUGUCGUGUGAGAUUGUUAAGUGGUUGGGAACCAGCUGCCGUCUGUGAGGCACUGAUGCAGGUUUGUUUGGCUCCCAACUGUGCGACUGGUGGUCUAGGAUGUGACAACAUGACAGUUCUGAUUGUGUGCCUGUCCCCAUUCCCGAGGGCUGAUAUGGUGAAACCUUUGCCAGAAGAACAGAUGUUAAAUAACAAAUUUAUGGCUAAAAUGGAGGAUUUGCUUUACGUUGAGGAAGAGGAAGAUUUAAAGUAAGGAGUUUUAGUAUAUGUAAUAAAUGUAUGUAAUAGUAUUUAGACUGGGUGUAUGAUUAUAAGGAGCUUCGUAUACAAUUUUUUCUUAUUAGUAUACUAAAUGAUAAAACAAAUAAUUAGGUGUAAUUAAAAAAACCGACCUGUCAAAAAUGGCGGGAAUUGUAACAAAUUAUGUUCUGUUGCAAUUCAAUUAUACGAUAAAGCGCUUUAUUUUUAAUUUAAAUUGAAGCAAUGAUAGAAUUUAGAUAGUAUGCACAUUGUAGAAUCAUUAUGCGUAUUAGUCUUAUCCAAAAAUCACCCAAUUAGAAGCUAAAUACAUUUCAAUUCUUUAUUCUUUAUGAGUAUUUUUCAAGAUAAAGAAAGAAAUAAAACCAAUAACAUUUUAUAUGAAACAAUUGUUGUAGUUUGUGAAUAUUUAUAUAUUUAUUAUUUAAUAAGUAUUCAAUAUUAUUUAAUUGAGUUGUUUUUUAUUUAGUUAAAUGCAUAUUCUUUACUAAUAUUCAAAUAUUUUUUAAAUUUAUUUUUUGUAUUUAAUAUACGAAAAAUGUAUGUUUUAAAAAAUAGGUUGGACUUUUAAAAUUUAUUGUUAUUAAUUGAUAUUUUUAUAUUGUUUGAAAACUUCUAAAAAAUUAUUUAAUGAUUUCUUAAAUUAUACACAUACAUGUUUGUUAUUGUUCCUGUUUGCUUAUAAGUUAUUUGAUUAUAGUUAACUUCUAUGACAUAAAUAUUAAAACUAAUCGUGUAGCUUAAUGACUAAAAAAAAACGCAUGCUAAGUAUGAUUUUGUAAAUUGGAAUUGAUAUUGAAUGUUGUAAAGUAAUAUAUUUUGUAGGAUCCGUCCAUAUUAUUUGCAAAUAAUAUUUAUCCUUAUGGUGCAAUACCUUUGCCUUUUCCAAGAACUAAGAAGAGUGUACUAAAGAAAUAACAGAAUUAAUAACACACGAUCUGUCUGACAUCAUCGAAUUUUAUUAAAUUUAUAUAUCUACAAUGAGUUGCAUUACUCAGACACAUAAUUAAUUAUAGAAAAAAAUGCAUUUAGUUAAUCAUGUUAUGACCAUAAAAUAAGUGAUGUUUAGAGAUAGAUUUUCUAGUUACUAUCGUUUCGAGUUACUUUUUCAUGGCUUGUUUCAUAGUUAAUGUUAGAUAGCAAUAAUGAAAAGCUUUUUUAAUAUAAUGGAGGCAAGGGGCUUAGCAAUGGUAAAAUUACAAUAUUAUUUUAACCAACAGAUAAUCUUUAAAUUAGGUAUAUACGAAAAAUGUAUUUUCUAAAUUCGUAAUAAAAAAUUACAUAAGUGAUAGUAAACUUUAUUAAAUAAAACUAUUCUUAAGAGGAGAGAACUUUAAUACCAAUUAAAUACAAGAUAAUAACAAACGAACUUAUUCAUACAAGCCAUGAAACUAAUAAAAAACAUUAAUUUAAAAAAUUCAAAUGAAAUUCGAUUCAUUUUAUCAUUUAGGCAUUAGCCUUCAUUAAGCGUGAAAUAUAUUGGCCAUUUAAUGUUUGUGAUAUAGCAAGAGGCCAUUGUAAUGUAGCUUUUAAAAACAAAUUAUAUUAUGCAAUAUUGUGCCAUUUCUAUUUAUUAAUGAUAUUGUUUGAUGUUAUAGUAGUGUUGUAUAAUUAUUAUGAUUAUUCAUUGAAUUUCUUUGUCUUUAUUUUUAAUUAAUUGUUUUGUUCAAGAUGUAAUUUGACUUGUUUUAAUAAAAAAAAAAUUAGCUAUAAAUAUUUAACCUAUUGACGUGCAUUUUUUUUAAAUUUAUUUUAUUAUAGUAUGUAUUGUCAACUAUUUUUCUUUUAUGACAUUUCAUUGUUUUUUUUUUAUACUUAAUAUGUUUUUUUAUAUAUAAUGUAUGGUUGGUUGGAUAUUUUUAUAAUGUUGUUAUAUUAGUUUAUUUCUGUAUAUAUUGUUAAACAACUAAUGUUUGUGCUGUGUUAUCCUUUUCUUAAUUUGUCAAAUUUUGUUGAAAUGUAUAAAAUAUUCAACAUGUAAAUUUGUAGAUAUUGUGCACUGAAGUUCGCUUAAUUAACUUAUGGAACUGGCUAUACAAUGAAUCUGAGCAAAUUAUUUUAUGCUAUAGAUAUAAUGACUGCACUAUCCUGUCGAUAAGCAAGCCUUUUUGCACAGUUAAGUGCUAAAGAAACACUCCUAAUGAUGCAUUAAGAUUAUCAUCUCUUCUUAUCUAUCCUCUAUCAGUUUAGAAAUUUCAAAGAAUAUUAUGUUUAGAUUUUGAAAUGAACUGCCAAAUAUCGAGUAGCAGUAGCAGGAUAUGUUAUAAAUUGUUUAGUUUAUUACAUAAAGAGUGUCAAAUUUUGAUGAUAGUUCUAAAACCAGUGGGCUAUGAUGAAUUCCUUUGUAGAAAAUAACAAAUUAUAAGAAAUGAUUCAAGUGAUAAUUGAUCAAUGACAUAAUUAAAUAUUGACAACAGAAGUUGCUUUGAAAUGAAGCGAAUGGAUUUGUCUAAACCCGCUGUAUUGCUUACCUCGAUAACAACGAUUUUAGUAGUUUUUUAUACCUGGACUUUUGAAAAAUUAACUCAAUAACUGCUUACAUAAGAUUUAUAUUACAUCACAAAGUAAUUAUCGAUUAAGGAAAGUAGUGGUUUUCUGAAAUACAUUUAUGAUUUAAUUGCAAUAAGUCUUUUUAAAUUAAUUAGUAAAUAAGUAAUUUAAGAAAAAAACAAUGUAUUUAAUUUAUACUAAUUCAAAGUAGGUUCAAGUAACUUAACAAAACUAUUUAUUUCUCCCUUUUUUAAAAUAUUUUAUAUUCUAUAGUUAGCUAUAUAAAAGUGUUGCGACCGGUUUUUGAAUCGUUAAUUUUGAUGAAAUUUUUAGAAGAAGGGUUUAAAAAAUGCCAAAAAACCUUAAAUAAUCUUAUAUUAUCUCGCCAUAAUCCUGCACUUCCACGCAGCUUGGUUGGCGUUCGACAUGUUCAAAUAGGUUUCUAUUAACAAAUGUAAAUUAAGCAAAACAAUAAACAUAACACUUUUUCUUCUGUGCUUACUUGAAAAAAAAACAAUUACUAUAAUUGGCAUUUUGUAACUACAUAUAUUGCCAUAUUCAAAAAUGUUAUUUUUAAUAAUUAUGUCAUGUUUAUUAAUUAAAAUAAAACAUAGAAUUAAUAAAUAAAUAUUAUAGACAUUAAGUAAGAGAUUAUUAAUCGUAAAACUUAUUGAUGUAUAAUUAAUAAUUAUAUCAGAAUAGUGAGUAAAAAAUGGAGUUUAGGGUCUACUAUUAUAUAAAAUGGAUCACGUAUGUUUGACGUGUAACAAAAAUAUUUAGCAAAAAUAUAGCAAAAAUAUUUGAGGUUAUUUUCGGGUAAAACUUGGUAAAAUAAUUCGAGUAAGUUUUAACAUUCUAGUUUGGAUUCAUUGAAUUCAAUGAUGAAGCAUCGAGAGAUCAAAUUAUACCUUGAUUUUAAUAUUCCUGUAAUAAAAUAAAGUGUAAAAAUUAGUUAUAAUUGUCUAUAUAAACCUUAACUUAAUUUCUGAAAAAGGUCGCAAGUUUUAUGCCAAUCAAGAUCGUAGCAUAGACGAUAUAUUCGUCCAAAGCAUAUACUUAUUUGGUUCAUAUAUUUUUUGUCUGCAAAUUAUAUUAUGGUUAUAACAUAUCUUUAAACAACUAGUCAAGUUUAAUGGAGUAGCCUCGUGUGUACAGUAUCUAAUAUUGAUGAUGUAGGAAUAAAGUUUUACAAAUUUAA